AUGGAGUUCCAUAUGGACGACUUCAAAGUCUCAUACGAUGCCUCUGGCGCCAUCGUCAUGGACGUGUAUGCCAAGGACGUCCUCAUCAAACUGCACCACGACGGCGCCGCACGCAUCGUGCGGGUUCGCUCCGGCCGGUCGCUCCCCAUGACCCUUGUCAACGAGGAUCUUAUUGUGCCCAGGUUUGCAGACGCGCCUGAGGACGUUUCCUCGCAUCCGGCCACCUCACCUGUGGUCAAGAGCAAUGCGUUUACCGGUGCUGCCAAGAGGGCGUCGCCCGCUACGGACGACUACAUAUCCGAGGUGGAAGACGAAGAGGAGGUCGACGAGCUCGAUGACGAUACUAUCUCCAACACGGACUCCAGGACGUCGGUGGGCAAAGUCAGGUCGUCGGCGUCCAUCGAUCUGUCCAAGGCUGCCACUCGCACUCCUUCCCCCUUCCCCCCAGCCAAAACUACACCUGCCAAGAGCACUCCCGGAAGCGCGCACUCCUCCCUCCUCCCUCCUCCUCCUCCAGCAUGGCACUGGUCCUCGCCUGAGAGCAAGCUCCGCCGCCUCCAUCUUGUGGCCGAGAUCGAGGAGAAGAAGAAACGCCGCAACCAAGAGCUCAAGGCUAUCGAGCUGGCCAAGAGGCGCAAGCUUGCCGAGGCAGGUCGCAACAUGCGUCUCCGGGCGUUGAAGGAUAUUGAGGACCGCAAGGCUGCUUCUGCGGACCGGGCGGCGUCUACCCCGCCCAGGAUUAGUGGCGGUGUAACUAGCCCUCUGGCGGCCAUGUGGGCUAGCUCGCCCUUUCAGACAAGUGCAAAGCAUGGAGAGCGCUCCAAGGUGAUGGUCAAGAUGAAGUCGCUCUCCCCUCCCAAGGUUGUGGACGUCUUCUGCGCAAAGGACCUGGACCAGGACUCCGACGACUCCGACGACUCCGAAGACUCCGACGACCAUGACAUGGCUGUCGACUCGGACAGUGACGAGGAGGAGGCAGACGACGAGGGUGGCCGUGACGGUCGCAUUUCUUCCACCGCCAAGAAGGGCGACUCGCGUCCUGUAAAGUCCAUGUCCAAGAAAAAGGGCGCCACAAAGGGCAAGGCCAAGGCUCAGGCGAGGAGCAGCAAGUCCAAGUCCAAGUCCAAGUCUGGCAGUCACAGGAGCAAGCGCGAGCGCCGGAACUUUUAG